UGUUCAACAUUACACCUACACCUGUGUUGUCCAGUAUUAUAAUUGGAGAUAAUACAUUCCACUUGGAGCAAUUGUUGCAGAAUUCACUCAUGGGUAGGGCUAUUAUCGAACUCUAUAGAACGAACGGACAAUUAUCAACAACUUGUCAAUCUUAUUUGGUGGAGUUAAUCGUUCAACAUUUGAUAAACAUCCAACCUUUCAGGAGACUAACGAAUGAGGACUUUAGAAGACUAUCGAAACAUAUUGUCGAACUAUUUCCUGGUGAAUUACACCAAGUAUAUUUCACCUCUCCAAUAAAAAAAAGAAAUUCCAAAGAUAACAAAAGUGGGGUGGCGAGGGGCAAACUUGUUGACAAAUAUAGGAAUAGGCUGACAUUCCUAAGAAAAUCAGGAAUCAUUUCUGCUAAAUAUACAGAUAAAGAAGAGAUUAAUACACCUGAACCUAAUGAAAGAAAUCUUGAAGAUGAUGACUUCGAAGAAGAUUUGGUUUGGCUGAUACAUAACAGGGAACCCUGGGGAGAAGUGAUAAAUAAAUGGUCUCAGACCUUUGAAUAUAGGAAACAACUCAUCAGGCAGGAUAUAGAGUUUCAGGAGAUUUUACAGAAAUUUCCCAUUAUCAAAAAUCCCCUAGGAUACACUUUAAUUGACAUUGAUUUCAAAAGGACAUUCCAACCACAGUAUCAAUUAAUUUUUAAAAAAUUCGAGCCUAUCUUCCACAAGCUUUUGGAGUUGAAGAAGAAAAACUUGAAUCAUGGUGAUUUACUGAUUGUAGAUCUCAUUCAAUCGGAAAAAAUUAAUGUUGAAAGUCGUCAUUACUACAUGCUUACCUUAUUGGCUUCCCUUUUACCACAAAAAUCAUAUGGAAAGAAGGGCAACAUAUGGCACCCUACAAUAACGGACAGCGUGAAGGGUGUUAUAGUACAUAUUAAGAUUCCUGCUGAAAUCGAGGACACAAUUAAUAGCAAGAGGAAAUUUCUAUCCAAGUACAACCUUCCUCUACUUCCUUUUGUGAUUAUACAAGGGCCAUCCAUUUCAGAAAUUGAAAAUGUUUAUGUUGUCUACAAUGAUAUCAUUUAUCGUUGCGAUGGGGUACUGAAAGCAAUUGAUAUAUGUUUUCAGAUUAUACAUAUUUUCAACUUAAGAUACCCUUAUGAAAGCGAGAACAUAUGGAUGUUUAUUCAAAUAGGUAUGUACAACCUAAACACUCCUUAUGAUAAGAUACCCAAUAUUUUGGAUCUUGUCAACAAAUGUUCAUAGA